CAAGAACAUAAUGUACAGAAUGGAUGUACAGGCGCUCACAUACGUCGCCUGACACACCGAGUCAUCAGCAAGCUCUGACACUCCGAACCAUCAACUUUCCCCAGACCAGCUGACCGCCUGGAUUGAACACGGACAGUAAAUCUGGAGUUAGAAGCUGUUUAAGCCCGGAUGCUACACUGCUAGCGAGCUUUUUAGCCUCUGCGGAGGUCAGACAGACUCAGCAGGACAGGAAAGAUGGGUGGCUGCGCAGAAACUUAGCCGAGUCACGAUCAGACAGAUUUAACUGCUACUUUGAUCGCAUUUAACGCCGAGAGAAGAAAAUGUUGAAGUUUUAGGCGGUGCAUGAAAUAAACUCUGUCUGCGCAGGAUGAGGAGCCGCAGUAACUCAGGAGUGAGGCUGGACGGGUAUGCCAGGCUGGUCCAGGAGACCAUCCUGUGUCAUCAGAACCCAGUUACAGGACUUCUCCCCGCCAGUAUACAGAAGAAGGAUGCCUGGGUGAGGGACAAUGUGUACAGCAUCCUGGCUGUGUGGGGCCUGGGCAUGGCUUAUCGCAAGAAUGCGGACCGUGACGAAGACAAGGCCAAGGCCUACGAACUGGAGCAGAGUGUGGUGAAACUGAUGCAGGGCCUUCUGCGGUGCAUGAUGAGACAGGUCGAUAAGGUGGAGAAGUUCAAACACACCCAGAGUACCAAGGACUGCUUGCACGCCAAAUACAACACAGCCUCCUGCGGCCUGGUGGUCAAAGACGACCAGUGGGGUCAUCUCCAGGUGGAUGCCACCUCCAUUUACCUGCUGAUGCUGGCGCAGAUGACAGCCUCAGGUCUCCGAAUAAUCUCUAAUCUGGAUGAAGUAGCUUUUAUUCAGAACUUGGUUUUCUACAUUGAAGCAGCCUACAAAGUGGCAGAUUAUGGGAUGUGGGAGCGAGGAGACAAGACCAAUCAGGGGAUCCCUGAGCUCAACGGCAGCUCUGUAGGAAUGGCGAAGGCAGCUCUGGAGGCCAUCGAUGAGCUGGAUUUGUUUGGGGCUCAUGGAGGGCCAAAGUCUGUCAUCCACGUUCUGCCAGACGAGGUGGAACAUUGUCAGGCCAUCCUUUGCUCCAUGCUGCCAAGAGCCUCGACUUCCAAGGAGAUAGAUGCCGGUCUGCUGUCCGUUAUCUCCUUCCCUGCUUUCGCCGUGGAGGAUGCUGACCUGGUGGCCAUCACUAAGUCAGAAAUUAUAAGCAAACUGCAGGGUCGCUAUGGCUGCUGUCGCUUCAUCAGGGAUGGAUAUCACUGUCCUAAAGAGGAUCCAUCUCGACUGCACUAUGAUCCUGCAGAGCUCAAGCUAUUUGAAAACAUUGAAUGCGAGUGGCCCGUUUUCUGGACGUAUCUCAUCCUCGACGGCAUCUUUACAGGAGAUCAUGUGCAGGUGCAGGAGUACCGAGAGGCGCUGGAGAGUGUUCUAAUCAGAGGGAAGAACGGCAUCAAGCUGGUGCCUGAACUUUACGCCGUGCCACUCGACAAGGUGGAGGAGGAGUACAGUAACCCUCACAGCGUGGACAGACAGGCCAUGGGACAGCUUCCACACAUGUGGGGACAAUCCCUCUACAUCGUGGGCUCUCUUCUAGCCGAGGGCUUUCUUGCACCAGGAGAGAUCGAUCCUCUCAACAGGAGGUUCUCUACACAUUUCAAACCUGAUGUGGUGGUACAAGUCUGUGUUCUAGCAGAGUCAGAGGAGAUCAAGGAGUUGUUAAAAGAUGCCGGGGUUACGGUUCAGACGAUAUCAGAGGUGCUGCCUAUAAGAGUCAUGCCUGCUCGCAUCCUGAGCCACAUCUAUGUCAGACUGGGAAACUGCAGUAAGCUGAAUCUGAGCGGGAGGCCGUAUAGACACAUUGGAGUUCUGGGAACGUCCAAAUUCUACGAGAUAAGGAAUCGCUCCUACAUCUUCACCCCCCAGUUUUUGGAUCAGCAUCAUUUCUAUCUUGCUCUGGACAACCAGAUGAUUGUGGAGAUGCUACGAACCGAGCUGGCCUACCUUUCGUCUUGCUGGAGGAUGACGGGACGGCCCACGCUCACCUUCCCCAUCACACACAGCAUGCUGGUUGAAGACGGUGAUGCCAUAGAUCCGUGUAUCCUAUCCACGCUCAGGAAGCUGGAGGAUGGUUAUUUUGCCGGAGCGAGGGUGCAGAUGUCAGACCUGGCCAGUGUCCAGACCACAUCGUUCCACACCUGCCUCACCUUCCUGGAUGAUGAGUGCGACGACAGUUUAUUAGAGGACCUAGAUGACGAUGAUAGUGAGGAAUACAGAGCAGAAUAUCACACGCCCGACUUGGGCUCUAAGGACCCCUUUGACCAGUACAUCACGCAGCUCCUUCACAGCAGUACAACCAAGUCCCAUUUACCUCCCAUCCAGAGGGACCAACACCACGUCUUCAGCCCCGAGCACACAACAAAGGACAUCCUGUCUUUUAUGGCUCAGGUCCAAGGCUUGAAAAUACCCAAGUCGUCCUUGUAUCUUCCUGUGACUCCGAUCACAAAAAAGCAUCGAAGAUCCCUGAACCUCCUUGAGGUCCCUGACCUACAGCCGAGCCCACAGUUGAAGCAGGUGGAGCAGCCUAAGCUCUGCAGUAUCUCAGAGCUGCACCUGCCACGAGACUCUCAGGGCAACUAUGAUUUUGCAGCACUGGUGAAUCAGAUAAAAGAGUGUCCCACUCUGCAGGACCAGGCUGACAUCCUCUCCAUCCUCUAUUUUAUGAAAGGAGCAGAUUGGGUGGUGGAGUUUUCGGGCCCUGGGCAGGGUGGGGUCAGUGUGCACUCGCUGCUGGAGGAACUGUACGUGCAAGCCGGAGCCUGCAAGGAGUGGGGGCUCAUUAGAUACAUCUCUGGAAUACUACACAAACGAGUGGAGGUCCUUGCAGAGGCCUGCACAGAUCUGAUUUCUCAUCACAAGCAGCUGACUGUCGGUCUUCCUCCUGAGCCCAGAGAAAGAGUGAUAGCCAUUCCGCUUCCUCCUGAGGAGCUAAACGCUCUGAUAUAUGAAGCCAGUGGUCAGGACAUCAGCAUAGCUGUUCUCACUCAGGAAAUCAUGGUCUAUCUAGCCAUGUACGCGCGCUCCCAGCCGGCUCUCUUCGGAGACAUGCUCCGCCUACGGAUCGGACUCAUCAUGCAGGUGAUGGCCACUGAGUUGGCUCGCAGCCUGCACUGCUCUGGAGAGGAAGCGUCUGAGAGUUUAAUGAGUUUGAGUCCGUUCGACAUGAAGAACCUGCUGCAUCACAUCCUCAGUGGCAAAGAGUUUGGGGUCGAAAGAAGCAUGCGACCCAUCCAGUCUACUGCCACCAGUCCUGCAAUCUCUAUUCAUGAACUGGGCCACACAGGGGCCACAAAGACUGAACGCACAGGGAUUCAUAAGCUAAAGAGUGAGAUAAAACAUCUGGAUGGCUCCCGUCCUCUCAGUAUCUUCAGUGGCGGUCUUUCCUUGAAUAGCAAUGUAACCUCCCCUCGCUCCACGCGUUGCAGCAGCCCCUCCACUCCAAGUGGAAUGCUGUCCCCAGUGGGACAUGGCUCGGGAGAUGGGCAGCUGCACUGGGAGGACAGGCAGGGCCAGUGGCUGAGGAGACGGCGGCUGGAUGGAGCCAUCAACAGAGUCCCAAUGGGUUUCUACCAGAAAGUUUGGAAGAUUCUGCAGAAGUGCCACGGCCUGUCCAUAGAUGGAUACGUGCUGCCAUCCUCCACCACAAGAGAGAUGACCGAGGGAGAGAUAAAGUUUGCAGUGCAAGUAGAGUCUGUCCUGAACCACGUCCCUCAGCCGGAGUACAGGCAGCUGCUGGUGGAGACUGUGAUGGUUCUGGGUCUGGUGGCUGAUGUGGACGUGGCCAGCAUCGGUGGAAUUAUCCACGUGGACCGCAUUCUGCACCUGGCCAACGACCUUUUUCUAAAUGACCAGAAAUCCCUAAGCGCCAGCGAUUAUUUCCUCGAGAAGGACCCAGCCACUGGAAUUUGCAACUUUUUCUAUGACAGCGCCCCUAGCGGCAGCUACGGUACCAUGACUUAUCUCUCCAAGGCAGUGGUCACGUACGUCCAAGACUUCCUGCCAAGUUCUAGCUGCCUGAUGCAGUGAAGAAUCAGACUAUUAUCUGUUCCCCUGUUUGGUAACAGAAAGAUUCAUUCGAUCUUUUCAUUUGUACCUCCUGUGGUUUUCGUGAACUAUCCAGUAAACAGUAGCUCUCAUGUAAGAACGCAGCCCUGGCAGCUUGUACGAAGCUAAUCAUGCCUUUGGUUGUCUCCACUGUGAUUGCCAGAGCUGCUCAAAUAUGUGUUGGCAUUUUAAAGUCUUUAAAUAACAAAUUUGUAACAAUACAAGCACAGAUCUGUGCUUUUAGGUCAUUUAUAAUCUAUUUAAAUUAUUUUAAUUUAACUUCAAAUGUUAGACUACUGAUAAGUAAUCCAUACUUGUGCAAUAUACUCAUCUCCACCAAAUCAAUUAUUUAUUUACUUCCUCAAUCAGUUUUGUUUUAUUUCUGCUUAGCACUUUUUUAAUUUUAUUGUUUUGGUAAGAGGAAGGGUGACUUAUAACGGUGGAGAUGAAUACAUUUAGUUAUCCUAGAACCUAGUUUUUUAAAGGGUUCUGAUUGAAGACUGCUGGAGUUGAAUGUUACCUCAUCUUCCAACUUUAUUUCAUUUGAAGGAUCAUGUUUUAUUCCUUACAAAAUCCUCCAGAAGGUAUUAAUUCAAAUGGAACAUAUAGUUUUGUUAUUAACAGCAGAUAGUAACAAGGUUAAUCAUAUUUUAUUGUCUUUUAAAUUAACUAUAAAGCAGGACAUCUGUGUUGAUUGCAUGCACCUUUGACUGUGAAUAAGCACCGACAGAUCCAGACUCUGGUGCAUUCUGCCUGAAUUAAACACUUUAACACCCUGGAUUCUUCUUGUUG